AUGCCAAAGGAGAGGAAAUCCAAAAAGGCUGCCUGGAGGUUCACUCUGGAUCUUACCCAUCCUGUAGAAGAUGGCAUCUUUGACUCUGCCAACUUUGAACAGUUUCUCAAGCAGAGAGUGAAGGUCAAUGGGAAAACUGGAAAUCUUGGGAACGUGGUUCAUAUUGAACGUCAGAAGAACAAAAUUAACGUUGUUUCAGAAAAGCAGUUUUCUAAAAGGUACUUAAAGUACCUCACAAAGAAAUACCUCAAGAAGAAUAGUCUACGUGACUGGUUACGUGUAGUUGCAUCAAACAAGGAGACCUAUGAGCUUCGCUACUUCCAGAUCAGCCAGGAUGAGGAGUCUGAAACUGAAGAAUAA